AUGUUCCAUCGUCCAAUCGUCAUCCUGCAGGCACACCCCGCAGCCCCGACGGCGCCCACCGGUGACGGCGGCGAUGCACCAGGCGGUGGCAGCACGCGCCAUGCGCCUGCUGCAGCUGCGGGUGGUGGAGAGGCGCCCCUCCUCGUCCGUAGCGGCGCGCGCAGCCGCGCAGAGCGCGUCUCCGCCCUGCACGUCAGGGCACGCCAGCUGCUGCUCCAAACGUCGGCCAAGCGGCCACGCGGGCGGCCCCGCAAAGACAUCCCUUUAGACGCGGCCGCAGCGGCCCCUGUGGCCGCGCCGGCGGCGGCAGAGCGCCGGCCGCCCGACAAGCCCAAGCGGCGGCGCCGCCAGCAGCAGCAACAGCAGGCGGCUGCCCAGCAGGAUAAAGAGCCGCGGCUUCGGGCGCGGGGCACAGGGACGACCGGCGCGCCGACAGUGGUGGCUGCUGCAGGCGUGGCCAUGCCUGCUCACGCCCCCUGCGCAGCAGCGGCCCCGGACACGUCAGAAGCCCAGACGCCUGUGGCGACAGGCCAGCAGCACGGUGAGCUGCAGCAGCAACAGCAACAGCAACAACAGCGGGAGCAGGAGCGGGAGGGAGAGCACAAGCAGCAGCAGCAGCAGCAGCAGCAGCAGCAACAGCAACAGAAACGGGAGCAGGAGCGGGAGGAAGAGCACAAGCAGCAGCAGCAGCAGCAGAAGCAGCAGCAGCAACGGCAACAGAAGCGGGAGCAGGAGCGGGAGGGAGAGCAGCAGCAGCAGCAGCAGCAGCAGCAGCAGCAGCAGCAGCAGCAGCAGCAGCAGCAGCAGCAGCAGCCCCGCCACGAGUCCAAGGACGUGCGCGCCGAGCGGCAGGCUCGGCUGCGAGCCGCGCGGUCCUUCGCGCCGGGAGACGCUGCCGCGUCAGCCCCGGCCCGGCUCGCUGGCGGCGGCAAGGCGGGCCCCCAGGGUGCGUCCGCGGCGGCGGCGGCCGCGGGCGGCGCUGCUCACGAGGACGACGCAGGCCAUGGCGCCGAGCCGACACCGCUUGCGCCACCAGACUGGACGCACCCAGAGGUCAGGGAGGCGCGGCUGUCGCAGCUGGCGGCGCGUGUGCUGCGCUACUGGGCCACCCACAGGGCCCAGCUGACGGGCGUGCUGCUGCCCUCCCUGGAGCUCGCCCUGCAGCUGCGCGGCAGCUGCUCCGACGAGGAGCUGGUGACCAUGGCCCUGUCGCUCCCGAUCGCGGCCGCGAUGCCGCCGGAAGAGAUCCGGACGGCAGCCGCUGCGGCGCGCCGCGCCGAGGGCGGGGGCGCCGGCGGCGGCGGCGCCUUGCCCUCUUGCGCGUGGCUUAUGGAGGCGGCGCUGCGCCACUCGGCCUGCGACGCAGCCGCGCGGCUGCGGCUCCUGUACGCGCUGCCUGACGCGCUGAGGGCGAGCGAGGAGCAGCUGGCGGCGCGCGCGGCGUGGGUGCGGGGGGAGGUGGCGCGGCACGAGCGGUUGGUGGCGGCGCACCCUGUGCUGUGGGAGGGCGUGUUGAACGAGGCCGCGGCGGCCAGGGUGCAGCUGCUGGAGCGGCGCGUGGUGCUGGACCCGGCCGCGGCACAACGCGCGCGGGGCCGCGCGGCGCGGCGCGCGUCCAGGCAGCAGCGGGUGGAGGGGGAUGGCGGCGAGGAGGGCGGCGGGAGCGAGGGGCCGGCGGCAGGGGCGGGGCCUGGUGAAGCGCAGGCUCAGGCGGCGGCGGACGGGAACUCCAAUUGCGACAAGGACGGGGAGGGGCAGGGGUUGAGUAGCGGAGGCGCCAACGUGUCAGGCGACGUCGACGAGUGCCCGCCCUCGCCUCCGCCAAACGGCCCCGCCGCCGGAGCCCUGCCUGCCGGCUCGCUGCGGCUGAUAGAUCGUGCAGCGGCUGCCGCCGGCAUCGUGCAGCACCUGGAUGUCAGCGCGCCGGACGGCGUAUCUCAUCCAGCGGAGGCGCCACAGCGCGGCCCCCACGCGGAAGAGCUCGCGCGUGCAGUCGGCGCCGCCGCCGCGCUCGCAUCGGGCGCCGGCCGCACCGGCGCCGGCGGCGCGGCGGGGCUGGUCGAGCGCGUCGCGGCGCUGUGCCUGGCGCAGAUGGCGCACGCGCCGCGGCAGUACCUACGAGACUAC